GUGUUUGCGUUUUGAAUUGAAGGGAGCGAAGAGAGAAUAAAAAUAAACAUCGAGGAAGUCAGUGUCAAAAAUAGAAAUUGUGUUUGCUUUGAAAUUGUUUAGAAUAAUUAUUUGCAAAUUAAAAUUAUGACACUAAUAUUUAUUGCUUCAAUAUUAAAGUGACACUGUUACAUAUUACUAUCUUCUACCAGUAGAUGAUAGAUUGUUUGGUUUAGACUCAUGUAUUAAGUGGAAUGCAGAUCUGUAAUCCUCUAAAUUUUUAUCUUAAAAGAAGAAGUAUGUAUUUUUAAGCCAUGACGUUUUUGAUCAAACCAAACCAAGCGGUCAGCCUACUGGUUUUCCAGAGUUAGUUCUUUAUCUUACCGAUGGACGAUCUGGAAUUUUCACUCAGUGUUCCAAAGGAUGGUGGCUGAAAGGCUGUCUCUAAUGCAGGAUGCAAUGAUACUUAUGAAGAAUUUGCAUCGGUCUUGAAUUGGACUGAACGUUUGAUCUCUCAAAUUGAAGACCAUUUUAUGGAAUCACAACCUAAAAUAGAACUCCUAACACUAGGAUUACAGGUAGAUGUCUGUGGUGGAAUCAUCCUGCCGCUUUUUCGUGGCAAAGUUGAUCUCAAGAAUGUAAAGUCAAGCAUAGUAGAACCCAAGCACUUUGGUCUGGAGCCAAGCCUUUUUGAAGGACUGAAUCUUUUCAAAACAGCACAGAUAUCUGGUCUCAUAAUAUUUGUUGGCGUAAGUGGAUGGUUAUGUUACCAGUUUAUACGGACAGUGUGGGUAUCGCUUCGCUCAAAGGUUAUCAUCUCAAAGUCAUCAUCAUUUACAAGCCUAGACUCAUCAGAUUUUGAUCAAGAUGAGAAAGAAAUGCUUGAAGAAGAUUGUGCAAAUUACAUAGAUCUGAAGCACGCUUAUUUUGGUCCAUCAAAAAGCCCUGAUGACAAUCGAGACCUGUCCUUGAAUAUAUCAGGAAUUGAUAACCUGGCAGGAAACUGGCUUCGGACCAAUGUUCAAAACUUUAGCAACAGGAGUUUGAGAAAGUCAGGGACAGGGAGUGCAUCUUGCUGCAGCCCUCUUGGUGGCGGCAUUCCAAGAGACAAAUCAAGCUUCAACUUCACUUUUGAUCAGUCGUAUAAAUCUCUGGGCUUCUCGUCAUUCAACUCUUACGGAGGAGGGUCCUUAGAAAGCAUUGUGUCAGAGCUCAGCAUUGAUAUCUCAACUCUCUGUGAAACACCACAUGAUCAAACUGCAAUUUCUUUGUUUGACAAGCUACAGCAGGAGAUAGUUCAACUAAAAUCGAAUUGUGAUUCAAUGACUGAGGAUUUUACGCAGGUCAAGCAUAAUAGAUAUCUACCAGGUUUAUCGAAUUUGCUGGAAACAAGCGGCAAAUUUGGUUUUAGCUCUGGGACCACAGUAGAUGAGAAUUAUUUUGAUCGACAGCAAGCAAAAGAUUGUUUCAGAGGCCUCUAUAGUUUAACUACCCUUAGCAAUAGUAUAUCUUUUGAACUCUCUGAAUGCGAAGAUAUUAGCUCUCAGACCAGUUCUAGUGGUCGACGAAAAGGUUUUGAUUUUAAACAGGAGGAAUUCCCCAGUCUUGAAUGGGAUGAAUGUGAUAUAGAAGUUGAAGAUACCAAUGAAUGCUUAGAGAUAAAUCGAUCUAGUGGUUACAACAGUACAAUAAUUGACUCUAGCUCCUCAUGUCAAAUAAUGACUGACUCGCACAUCUGGAGCAGUGAAGGGGAUCUAUUCCCAGAACUAGAAGCUACCAAAACAUCUGAAGCAUUGUGCUCAGAACCAAAGGAUUAUUCUGUAAAGGCUUCAGGUCAUAAUUGUAACAAUCAAAGGAAUGCCUCCAUACAACUGUCAAAUGAUAUCGUACUGAGCCCUUUUAAAAAGUUAAAGCAAAAAGGAUCUGACAUCUGUGUUGUUCAAAAUAUUGGCUGUGCUACUGAUCUGUUGGAGUAUGCUAGGAAAGAAUGGCAAGGAGGCACUCAAAAAGCAACUAUCAUACUCAAGGGAUAUGAAGAAAUCCGCAGGAAGCAUAGUUACAGGUACUUGCGACGCGUUCGAGGUGACAAUUUUUGUGCAAUAAGGGCAUCACUGUUUCAGUGCCUCUCUUCUGGAAUUUCAUUACCUAGCUGUGAUGAAGCUCUCAAAGUCAUUCAGUCAAGUUAUGAGUCAGACCAAAAUCAUUGGCUAAGGCAGUGGAGCUUCAUCAACCGGUUGCCUUACAAUAAAAAUAAACUUUUACCUUCGAUUGAAACUUGCCUUCAUAUUCUUGAUGAUAUCAGUGGUCAGUUGAAAGUGUGCACCACAGAUCGUUCAAAUGUUUUGGCAGAACUGAUGAACUCAGAGCCUGAACUAGAUUUACUCAUGAUGGAAGCAAUUAAAUUGCACAUGAUUGUCUCAGCAAUAAAACUGUAUUCCAAUAAAUCAGAGAUGCCUACAUUUGGAAUGCUCAUGUUUGCCAGGGACACCUCUGAAACACCCAAGGAUUUUAUGAACAACCAUCUCCUGCCGAUUGGAGAUACAGCUGGUCUUGAACAAGUGGAAAUGUUCCUUCUUGGUUACACCCUUAGAAUUGUAAUAAGAGUAUUUAGAACCUCAUCAUUUGGAACAUCAGAUUUCAUAUGUUACUUCCCAGGAAAAGAGGAUAACCAAGAUUUACCUGAAAUUAGCAUAAUAGCGGAGGAUGAUAGGCACUACAAUAUUUUGACCAUGUAAUUUAAUCUUCCUUCUUGAUUUGUCGAGGAAGUAAACUUGUCUUUGAAUCAUCAGGACCUUUUGUACACUUCACCACUCACCAUUUUAUAACUUGGCAUAGGUCUCACUCAUAAACUCACCUACUUGAUCAACUGAACAGCUAAAAGUCAGCUAUCGCAAGUGAAUCCAAAAAACUCUGCAGGCGAAAUUGUACAUGCCCCUCUUUAACUGAGCGAGACACAAUAUAGGAGCGCUAUCGAGCACUGCUCAGGCCUGUUCAGCAAGUAACGAUGGCUUAGUCAAUAGUAACUUUCUCAACUUUUUUGAAAAUUCUGUGGAAGUGUUUGCGCAUAACCAUCCAGAGUGGCUGCUAAAGGGUGAUCUUGAGCAGUUACAAAAGGAGGAUUCUGUAUUUCCAUUUUACUUUUAUAUCCUUUACACUCAUCUUGAGCACUCAAAUCUGUAGUGUAUAAUUCAUAAAUAAUUAUAUAUUUCAUUUUAUUAGGUGAAUCCUCCAGUGGUCCAGAACCAUUUUUAGUUGAAAACAUAAUUUGUAUUAUUAAGAUAUGUUUUGGGGCCCUGUUCAGUUUUGUGUCGUUGUAUUAUGCUAAAUAAAUUUAUCUGUUACCA